CCUUCUCCCUUCUAACCCUAUCCAAUUGUAACCCUAAAUCCCAAAAUAAAUUUAAAAUUUCCAAAAUCCAAACCCAACCGGUCUCUCCCACUCUUCCUUCCGCGACACCGCUUAUUUCUUCUUCUUCUUCGCCGAACACUGCUUGACGGGCCUCUCCCGGCUACCCUUUUCUUCUCUCUUCCUGUCUUCCUCCCUUCUUCUUCUUCUCUUCCAUUCGAUGACUGCCCUCCCCUUGCUUCCACCACGAUCUCCCGGAUUGUCACGCAGCACCACCGGCGAACUGGUUCAAUCAAACCAAACCGCGACCGUGAUUCUCGGCCGCGCUGUCCUCCGCCGAUUCAGCCCAGAUCGCUCUGCCGCAAUUCCAACCACCUCCGAACUGGUUCACCCAAACUGAACCAGUUUUCCACUGCAUUGCCCUUAUGCCGAACUGGUUCGACCUAACCGAACCGCAACAAGCUUCCGACGCCGCGAUUCUCCGCCUCGCCCCUGCUGUGCCACCACCGAACCGGUUCUCCACCGUGUCGCCCUCCUGCCAAACCGGUUUGACCAAACCGAACCGCGACAAGCUUCUGACGCCGUGAUUCUUCACCUUGCCCCUAUUGUGCCACCGCCAAACCGGUUCACUCAAGCCGAACUGCGACCGCCCGCGCUAAUAUGUCUUCACCCCUCUGGCUCGAUUUCAUGGGUAAAGUUCAAGUUUUGACCACAAGCUCCAUCAAGGCUACUCAAUCAGAAGGAAUUACAAAGAAGAAACGCAGACAACCAUCAGUCCACCUCCUGCCGUGCCACGUAUUCCCAUGGGUGGCACCUCUUCCACUGGUCAUCGUGCGCGUCGCACUGCUACUCAACUCGCCUCCACUUCAGUUAUUGAAGAUAAUUUUGAUUUCCCUGACCCCCAGGAGUGCCUGUGUUAUGAUCAAUGCUUGGAAGCAGGUCAAAAAAUCAUUACCGAGCCUGCUCGAUGACGCCUCUGGAUAUUCCCUAUCUCAAGGCAAUUAAAUUGGUUACAAACUCCAACGGGACUUGGUUUUUUGUUGGUACACCAAUCCGCAGAUCUCAAGCUUCUCCAAACCUCCCUGCCUAUGAUCCCAAUCCACCCAUAUCCUCCCCUCAAGACUCCCAGAUGCGAUUUGAUCACUUGCGACCUGCACUCGGACACCAACAAAUUGAAAUUUCAGCCCUUUGAACUGAGAAUGCCGCGUUUCACACUGAAGUGACUACAACCCUCUCCGAGCUAAAGCUAAUGAUCCAGUCACUCAUUCCCCGCACAGAUUAACGUCGGCUCCUCAAACCUAGAGAAGCAUCAUACUCCACUUCUCUUUCUUCUCUUUUAAUUUUUUCUUUCUCUAAUUGACGACAAUGCAUAAUUUUGGUGUGGGGACAGUUAUGCAAAUUUUUGGGCAAAAUUUUCAUUCCGUUCUACUUUUUA